CUUAACAAAAUGUCGAAUUACAAAGGUUGUGUGGAAGUUCAAGGGUGGAAAAACAAAUAUCCAUCUAAUAAUGAUGUUGUCUGUCACUCUGUGCCAUGCCAUAUAAAAUGCAGUGGUCCAGCGCCAGUUUCUAACUUUUUCACAUCAUAUAUUGAACCUGAUGAAAAUAAUGCAGGAAUUCUGAAGUCAUCUUUCCGUGGUCGUCCAUUGCGUGGACAAGAAAUUCAACUCCCGGAAGGUUAUGUAGGCGUUGUUAUGAAGAGUGUUGAUAAAACUGUAACUGAUGAGCCUGACAAAAGAUUUCGAAUGACAGGUCAUUUUCGAAAACUGACUUACUGGAACUGGGACCAAAUUCCAUCUCAAAACGACAAAUUUGUUAAGGCAGCGCAGUGGAUAAAAAUUGCCCAUGCUAUUCAUACUCCUUUAACUUUAUCUUCCAAGCAACAAGAACAUCCCCUUGAUACUGAAUAGUUAGGCGUAAUAUCAAGCUACUUAUAUCAACAAUAAGUGAAAAUGUUUGUUGUAAUAAAUGAUUACAUUACUUCAUUAGAAUGAAAAUAUCGCAGAGAGUAUUCCAUUCACAGUAUGCUUUUGAAAAUAAAAUUUAGAUGAGGUAACUAAUUAGUAUUAUAACUUAAUAAGUUUUAAGAAAGACAUUUGAAUGGGUAAGUCUCAAAAUCUAGCACCAUAUUGUUAAAUGGCUUACAUAGUGUAAUACAGUACUAGUACUAUGCAUACUGGUUAAUUUAAUGUCCAUGAAAUUUCUUUGGUUUAUCUAUUUGGAAGUUUUUCAUCUUUGUGAAUGUCGUAUCUAGCCAAUGUUUAUUCUAACUUCAAAACUAAAGAUCUGAUACAAUCUGUUAAGCAAGACAGAAAAGCUGAGCAACACUUAAUGUAAGUGUAAUAAUGGUAUUUGGUGUAAGUAACUUAAAAACUAAGAUCAAUUCAUUAUGAUUGAGGAACUAUGCUUUUCAAAUUUCAUUCUGAUGUAAAAGGUUUCAUAUUUAGUUGUAUUGUGAAUUGAAAUUUAGUACGUCAUGUUUGCAGGUAUGAGUAUUAAGUUCUGAGACUAUUAUUAAGAACAAUCUUAGUCAAUUUUUGAAAAUUAGCACAAUUCAAGUUCAUUAUUCGUCAUCAAGAUCUACAUGUACAGUUGUAGCAUAAAUACUUAUUCAACUGCAAUUUCUAUUCUGCUUAAAAAAAAGAAAUUAUACUUUUGAUUUAAAGGAACUUUGGGAAUUAUUAAAGUUUUCAAAAUUUACAAUUCUUUAGGAAUGCGUAGGAGUUAUUCUUUUUG